GUCAGCUGGUGGUAUUUUCUAUCCCAUAACAAAAAGAAUGAUUGAUUUCUUGAGGAAAUUUAGCCUGACCUAUAAUAUAUACCUUCUCCCAACUCUUAGCGAAGAGACUUUAAAAUUUCUUCUGUGGAGAAACAGAAAAGCAGUUUCAUGGAUGUACAACCAUUUACCUUUCACCUUUGAUUUGAUUACGAAGAAUCUCAACAACGACCAUAGCGCUUCGCUGUUUAUAACAUAGAAGCAGAUUACUACAUAA